GCAGGCCAUGACACCCAUUACCCCAUUAGAACCGGGCGUAGAGAUGUUCGAGAGAGGGAAGUCAAGAGACUCCUUCUUCUCUUCACAUCUCACAGUACGAUCUUCACUUGAACGACCGGUAUCCGGGAUAAGCGUCGCAUAUACCGACAUUGAGGAUGACUCCAGCGAAUUCGAAGAGUAUAGUGGCUCAUCUGUAAAGCAUCUUAGGGAACUCAGCCGUUCUACUUGGCUGACAUAUAUCAGAGCGAUAACAGGCGAAGCCAGACUACCAUUUCGACUUUCGAGGAAGUGCGAACACCGGGAGACGAUAUAAGACCACAAUAUGCUGACUGGUAUCUGCCAAAAGCUGUGGAAGGUCCGAGGGGCCCACAUCUCUUCCGCGCUUCACAGUCUUCCAACGACUUCGACUAUGCUUUGCAGAUGUCCCCGCUCCUCCCCAAGGACAUGACAUCCCGCUUUCCGACAUCUUCGAGAGAACCCACACCCGCCACGAUCGUACCGCAACAGGAAUACAACAACAUCGCAUCUGCUGUGGCACAUCUGGAUAAUAUUGAAGUGCGCGCCUGGAAUUCGCGCGAUGUUGCUACCUGGAUGUAUCAAAAUGGAUUUGAAGACGAUGUGAUCGACAAGUUUAUCACUCACGAUAUCACUGGCGCAGUAUUAUUGGACCUGCAAUUCGAUGAUCUUAGAGAGCUGGAGAUCCAAUCGUUUGGCAAGAGGCAUCAGCUGUGGCAUCAGAUCGAUUCUCUACGUACAGCAGAUGGCCUCGCUUCUCCUGUCGCACCUGCUCCGAUACCUACUCCGUUCGAGGACAUCGAGCGCCCUUGCACCGAGGCGAGGGAAAGAUCGAAGAGCAAAAACCGAGGUGGACGACGCCGGCGCAACCCUGCAGACGACUUGAUCACACCUGCCGAAUCCGUUUCCAUUGUUGCUAUCGAGCAAUUGCUGCCCAAGCCGCAUGUGUGUGCGAAGGGUGAGCGAUGCGCCAAAUGGAGAAAGCAACAACGUCAACUGGCUAGACUUCAAGAAGAGCAUGGAUUCCCCAUCUCUCCGGAGAAGGGUGGCAAGAUUUUCAUUGCAGGAGAUCCAGGCAAUGCUCACACUGCACAUCGCGCCGUUGAGAACGUGCAUCGCCCAGUGUCUGAUGCGGCACCAUCAGAAAUCGUACCUUCCGUGGUAGCAUCCUCCGACCUUCUCGGACCGGGCGAACUGCCAGACUUCACUUUGCAGGAUCUCCAGAAGCUGGAGCAAUGCGAUCCUCAGGACAAUGUGCGACACUUCCUUUCGCUACAAGGCAUGGAUCACCCCUACGUAACGGCUACACCAAUUGAAGCGCCGCCAACACCGCCAAUGGACAUGUUUCCUUCCCGCCCGCAGCUGAUAAUACCCCAAACUCAGCACUAUCCGCAAGUCUCGGCCUUUUCUGCGUCCACCUCUGCUCACACGAUGAAAUUCGACCCUGCCACCCUACCAACCCCCGUCCUGUACUCUCCAGAAACCACGCCAGCCCCGCACUCGAACCUCAGGAGUCUCCCAAAGCUCACAAUACCACGUUCCAUGUCUGCCCAGCCCCAAGGUAACCCACGCCAUGCUGUACCACAGAGCUCGUAUGUCACGCCGGACACUGCAUUUUCGCCGGCUUGUGAAACUGCUAUUACUCCAGGCGGUAUCUAUCGAUUCGGUACACCAGCCUCUAUGAUGGACGUGCCCGUAACGGCCAUCCACGUCGAACCUGUGGCUCGUGACACAAGCCAGUCUGUACCACCGAACAUGCAGUACAAGAUCCAACUCCAGAGGGCUGGAUCACGCAGUGAACGACGCCGUCCCUCGUUGACCAUGCCGGCGCUUAAUGAGGACCAUGUGUUCACACCUACAGGUGCCCACUCCGAUGAUGACAACUACCGUGGAACACAGUUCUUCGACAAUAGUCCUGACUCGUCACCCGUCAAGGAGACGGAGCUUGCGGGUAUCCAAGAAGCCGAAGACAAGCUCGCGCCGCUUCCAAGCAAGGGGGGCUUCGAGUACAAAGGUGUCAACCAUCACGGGUGGAUGAAGAAGCGCAAGACCAAGAUGCUGCGUCACGAAUGGCAGGACCACCACUUCCGUCUCAACGGCACAGUGCUGGCCAUGCACCCCAACGAGCUGCCCUCUUCAUCUGCGCUACAGACCAUUGACGUCGACGACUAUGCUGUCGCUUGCUCAUCGCUUGCGUCUAAUAAGCUCUCUGCUAAACUUCGUGCCCUCAAGCUCUCAUCGAGCAAGAAGGAAGAGGUUUUGGCUAACCCCUCUGCUUUUGAGUUCCAGCUCGUGCCUACCGUCGGAGACACGAAGAAGGUCAUGCCGCACGGUAAGGUACAUCACUUUGCCACCAAAGGCCGUGAUGGACGCAUUGACUGGAUGCGCGAGCUCAUGCUCGCCAAAGCUCUCAAGGCCAAAAAUGAGGGCUACGAGGUCACUGUCAAUGGUGCUGGCAUGUGAGCGCAUCAACGUGCUCGCACACUUUUGUUGUCUUUUGUUGGAAUUGUUUCUUUCUUUAAUAUAUCAUGACCGCUAUUAUACCCUUCCGAGUAUUCCUUGUCUCUUGUUUGGUUUGCAACUCCUCCCUUUCCAUAACAUAGCAUAGCACUUCUCUUCAAAUCGCAAAGACUUCGGUGGUGGACCAGACCGCAAGGUCGAUGGACAGUUGAUAAUGGCAUUUAGCAUCUUGGGACCGAUACACAAAAGCUGUCGUUACA